GGACCUGCCCAUAAGAUGACAUCCACAUAUUGCCUGAUGUUACAGAAAAUUUGCCAGACUGGCCCAGGACAACAGCUACGGACACUACUUGGACUCACCAUGAUGGUCAUGCUCACAGGGCUGUUAUACCUUGGUUUUAUUGUGGAACACGGAAUGGCAGGACAGGCAGGACACCUCCCAAAGCCCAUCAUCUGGGCUGAGCCAGGCUCCAUGAUUGCUUUCUAUACACCUGUGAUUAUCUGGUGUGAGGGUUCCUGGGAGGCCCAGGAGUAUCAUCUGUAUAAAGAGGAAAAUGGAUAUCCUUGGGACACUCAAAUCCCUCUGGAAACCAGGAAUAAGGCCAAGUUUAACAUUCAACAAAUGACAACCGACUAUGCAGGCAUCUAUACGUGUUAUUAUAGGACCUCUGUUGCACGUUCAGAGCACAGUAAUGCCCUGGAGCUGGUGGUGACAGGAGCGCAUGAAAAGCCCAGCCUGUCAGUCUGGCCCAGCACUAAUGUGACUUCUGGAGUUUCCAUAGCCUUUACCUGUAGUUCAUGCAUAGGAUUUGGCAGAUUCAUUCUGAUCCAGGAAGGAAAACACCAACUCUCAUGGACCCUGGACUCACAGCUUCAGGCCUAUCCGCCAUCCCAUGCUACUUUUGUUCAGGAUGCUGUUACUCCCAACCACAAUGGAACAUUCAGAUGCUAUGGCUUUUUUAGGAAUGCACCACAUGUGUGGUCAAAAUCAAGUGACCCCCUUGACCUCAUGGUCUCAGCAGAAACAAAGGACCCGUCCCCUACGCCCACUGAAGAUGGAACGUCUGGGCUCACACCUUCAGUUACUUCCUGUGCUUCCCGUGGGUGUGACAUCCCAGAACUGGAAACACACUGGAAGGUUUUGACUGGAGUCCUGGCAGUGUUCCUCUUCCUGCUUUUCUUCCUCCUGCUCUGUCUCAUCCUCAUCCGACACCAACGUUGGUACAAAAAGAAGGGAGAGGACGCGGCUGGAGCCGAGGGAAAUGGAAUCAGGACCCUACCCGAUGAGGACAUGCAGGGGAUCGUGUAUGCCCAGGUGAAACCCUCCAGGCUUCGGAAGGACACAACAUCCAAAGAGACCCAGGCUGUCAUCUACGCCCAGCUGUACAGCCGGACACAGGAAGAGAACCACAGCUGAGACCAGCAGGCAGCCAUUCUGGGAAGAAGGCCCACACCCCACAACCCACAAAUGAGAAUGAGGGAUUUUCUGUGAAGGCAUUUGUUCCCAGUGGACUCGGUUUGACAGAUGUCAGCCAUCAUGAUUCCCUCAGGUGUCAUCAGAAGCUUCUCAGAAUUAUGGGAAUGUGUUUAUUAUCUUUUCAGAGGCAACAAAUGUCCACACGUUUUUUAAAUAAAGCCAAACCCUUCUCAAUAAAUGCCACACCAGCUCCAGUGGAGUCUGUGUGACAUGGCAGAAGUCAUGUUGUCAAGCCAGAGCUGUGUGUGUUCCUCAGAACUUA